GCCUCUUUUGCCCGCCCUGCAAAGUGCCCCCACGCCACCCUCCCUUUGGGACAGCUCGCGCGUUGCGGAGAGGGCUCCCUUGCCCAGGCUACAAUGUCACCUGAUGAAAUUGUCUACUUGGCAGUCCUUCUCAUCUCUAUACCUGUUGGCUUCCUCUUCAAGAAAGUGGGUUCAAAGACCAAAAAAUAUGGGGCAGCUGUGGUAGGACUUGCCCUUAUUCUGGUGACUUGCCAGAUCCACAUCCUUCACUCCCUUAUCACCAUCCUGGGGACGUGGCUUAUUAUCAAUAUCUCACCAAGGACUUGUCAUCACCUGACACUGGGAUGGACAUUUUCCUACUUACUUUUUUUCCGCACUGUUACUUACUUCAACUAUCCAGAGCCAACACCAUUCACCAAUGCUGUGCAACUUUUGCUCACUCUUAAGCUGCUGAGCUUAGCCAUUGAGGUACAAGAACUCAUUCAGGCGAAGAAACAGGAAGUGACAACCUUUACCAAAACUCCGAUGAUUGGUGCAGUUCUCCAAAAACCGGGGUUGGUGGAGAUACUGUGCUAUUGUUACUGCUAUGUGGGGCUUAUGACAGGCCCAUUUUAUCGCUAUCGUACAUACCAUGACUGGUUGAGCCAGAUUGAGCCUUCUGUUAUCCCUAGCUGGCGGCCGAUGCUUUCCAGAUCCAGAAUGAUCCCGAUCUUUGGAAUAUUUUUCCUGGUUGUCUCCCACUUCUUCCCCCUUGAUUACGUCCGAAGCAACGCCUUCUACGAGAGAGGACUCCCUUUUCGCCUCUUCUACAUGGUGCCCAUCUUCUUCGUCUUCCGGAUGCGCUUCUAUGUUGCGUGGCUUUGCGCCGAGUGCGCCUGCAUCGCUGCUGCUUUUGGUGCCUAUCCAGUCACUGCCAAAUCUCGGUCAGGUGGGGGACCUACAGUGGAAUAUGAGCCUUUAAGUCGCAGAUCAACUGACGGGGAAGCAUCCAGUGUUGUCUAUGAUUAUGAGACUAUCAAAAACAUUGAUCCGCACGGGACAGAUUUUUGUGUCAAAGUAAAGGAUGGCAUGCGCUAUUGGAACAUGACUGUCCAGUGGUGGUUGGCACAAUACAUCUACAAAAGCGCACCGUUCCACUCCUACGUCCUGAGGAGUGCCUGGACAAUGCUUAUCUCGGCCUACUGGCAUGGGAUCCACCCUGGGUACUACCUCAGCUUCCUUACCAUCCCGCUCUGCUUAGCAGCUGAGGGAGCCAUGGAGAGUGGAUUCUUGAGGCACCUCUCCCCGUCGGGGCGUCUUUGGGGUGACUGGAUACAGUGGUUCCUGAAGAUGAGGGCUUAUGACUACAUGUGUAUGGGUUUUGUGUUGCUUACCUUUGAGGAUACCAUUCACUAUUGGAGCUCAGUCUAUUACUGCAUCCAUGUGGGAGCUGUGGUUUUCCUCAUGCUGGGAACAGUGUUGGGGGCCAAGAGGAAAUGGGGCUCCCCAAAAGGCAAACAGGGUGCUUCAGAGAACCCCCAGCAGCAGGAAUGAGAGGGCAAAGUGAUGUUGCCAUAGCAAGGAACCCUAUCAUAGGCCCCGGAGGCUAAGGGAACAAAUAAGACUCCGUUUAAGUUUUAAUUUUGAUAUAUGUCAUGACUAGGUGGGGAUUGAAGGAAGUAAUCCGAGAUUGAACUCAGAAAUCCCUACUUUUGGUCUGCUUUGUGACAAGGUGAUUUGGACAUCCUAAAAAUAUUGCCACCUAGGCUAUUCUACUCAACACCAGGGGAUUCUGAGGAAACGUCUCCAAAUCCUAACUUCUAACCCAGUG